UAUCUUAAGGGUGCAAUAAUAAUUAUGGACCAUGGAAUCCAAGCUAGAUAAGACAGGACAUGAAGGUAGAAGUUCCUGAAUAGAAAUGGAGGGGGUGGUGAAUAGGAGGUUUCAAUGAGAUCCAAUAAUUGUUGAAAUAAGGGUAUCUGAGUAAGCUUGGUGCAUAAAAAGUUAUUUUAGAGAUGAUGCAAUUGCCGGGGGUGAUAAAAUCCUUGGUGAGACUAUGGGAAUGAAUAAAGGCGAAAAUCACUAGAAAUGAGGAGAAUAAGGAACUGAGAAGCCAGGAUACUAAAUGAUUUACCUGUGAGGAUGUUGAGGUCACCCAAGAAAAAAGCUACAAGUGUUACGGUUAUCAAUUUCAGCACUUCAGAUGUUAUCUCCUGCUUCUUUUAUAUUGUCAUUGUAGCAGAGUGGCAUUCCCCCAGUUCUGAUUUCUAAGUAAGGACAGUUCUUCCAGACUCCAAGUGACCCCAGUCUAAUAGUACCACUGGUAGCUAUUGGUUUACCAAUCUAGGAGGCUAUUAUCAUCCAUUCUAGAAUGUUUGAUUAACUCCACGGUCUUAUUUAAUAUGGCCCUGGUUACCAUCUCAGUACUGCAAUAGGAACCUAGAGGACACUUUUGACUAUUUCACCCUGAAUUAUUAAAUUAGUUGGAAAAGAAGGAGUAAGUCUCCCAAAGGACUCAUUUUAAUAUGGUUGAAUUUGAUUAUCAGUAGACAGUUGUAUGCAUUUUUUCUGUAAUGGUAUUUCCCAAGUGUGUGAGUGUUGGUGGUGUGGGUUCCCCAUCCCCAAGCACUAGUCUCUGUAAUAACCAUGGUAAUAAUCAUGGAGGUUUCCAGGAAAACAAGCUAUAUCUGCAGCAACAUGUGUCCACGGAGUUUCUAAAGCUGCAUAAGUUCCUGGACAGCAAAGAAGAGGAUAUUUUAAGUGAACUCCAGGAAGAGGGGAAAGCCUUGAAUGAGGAGAUGGAGCUGAAUCUGAGCCACCUUCAGGAGCGAUGUGUCCUAGCCAAGGAUAUGUUGAUGAACGUUCAGGCAAAGAUGGAACAACAGAACUCCUUCGACUUUCUCAAAGACAUCGUACCUCUCUUAGAUAGCUUGAAGCAAGGAAUGACAUUGCUGGCAACAAGAGAGCUUAUUUCCGGAAAUCUGAACCUGGGCCAGUACAAAGGUCCUAUCCAGUAUAUGGCAUGGAGGGAAAUGCAGGACAUUCUCUCUCCAGGCCUAUCUCCACUAACCCUGGACCCUAAAACAGCUCACCCAAAUCUGGUGCUCUCCAAAAGCCAGACCAGUGUGUGGCAUGGUGACAUUAAGAAGGAAAUGCCUGAUGAUCCAGAGAGGUUUGACUCAAGUGUGGCUGUGCUGGGCUCAAGAGGCUUCACAUCUGGAAAGUGGUACUGGGAAGUAGAAGUAGCAAAAAAGACAAAAUGGACAAUUGGAGUUGUCAGAGAAUCUAUCGUUCGGAAGGGCUGCUGUCCUCUAACUCCUGAGCAAGGAUUCUGGCUUUUAAGACUAAGGAACCAAACUGAUCUAAAGGCUCUGGAUUUGCCUUCUUGCAGUCUGACACUGACUAACAACCUCGAUAAGGUGGGCAUAUACCUGGAUUAUGAAGGAGGGCAGGUGUCCUUCUACAAUGCUAAAACCAUGACCCACAUUUAUACCUUUAGUAACACUUUCAAGGAAAAACUUUAUCCCUACUUCUGCCCCUGCCGUAAUGAUGGUGGAGAGAAUAAAGAACCAUUGCACAUCUUACAUCCACAGUAAUUAGUCAUACUAUUAUACAAAUUCAGAGUGUUAUUAAAGAGGUAUUGAUUGUUUCGAAUACUGAAAAAAAAGUAAAAUAAA